AUGCAGGGAAGUUCUACAAGCCGUGUUGUCUGCAAAUCCAUCGCCAGAGUCCUGACUGUCAUCAACCAGACACAGAAGGAGAACCUGAGGAAGUUCUACAAGGGUAAGAAGUACAAGCCCCUGGAUCUGAGACCCAAGAAGACCAGAGCUCUGCGCCGCCGGCUCAACAAGCACGAGGAGAGUCUGCGGACCAAGAAACAGCAGAGGAAAGAUCUCCUCUACUCCAUCUGCAAAUUUGCAGUCAACGUUUAGAGGCUUUUUCUAUUGACAAAAUAAAAUCUGUGUAAAA